GGGAAGGACCAGCUGCUGGGGCAGGAGGGGCUUUCCUGCCAGUGGCCUAGGGUUGCUUGGUUUUGAAUUUCCGCUCUGCGGGCCACGUCCUGUACACAGCCUCUCAGGCAGCACGUCUGCACCUGUGUGUGACACUGACAAUAGGAGUCACUCCAGCUGACCAUCGAUGCUGCUUGGCCCUUUCAUGGUUCAGACAUCUGACUGUGUUGGUGUGAAAGCGGUGCUCCAGCGUGGUCUCUGAGCCAUGGAGGUACCCAGGCAGACAGAGAUGGUGGAACUGGUACCCAACGGCAAACACUUGGAGGGGCUUCUACCAGUGAGCAUGUCCACAGCAGAUACCCAGAGGGCUGAAGACACCCAACACUGUGCAGAGAGCAAGGGCUUCCUUCAGAAAAGCACCAGCAAGGAGCCACACUUCACCGAUUUCGAGGGGAAGACAUCAUUUGGGAUGUCAGUGUUCAACCUCAGCAAUGCCAUCAUGGGCAGUGGCAUCCUGGGGCUCGCCUACGCCAUGGCCAAUACCGGCGUCAUCCUCUUCCUGUUCCUGCUGACCGCUGUUGCCCUGCUGUCUAGCUACUCCAUCCACCUGCUCCUCAAGUCUUCAGGGAUCGUGGGCAUCCGUGCCUAUGAACAGUUGGGCUACCGUGCCUUUGGGACCCCGGGGAAGCUGGCAGCAGCCCUGGCCAUCACGCUGCAGAACAUUGGAGCCAUGUCCAGCUACCUAUACAUCAUCAAGUCUGAGUUGCCUCUUGUCAUACAGACCUUCCUGAAUCUGGAGACGCCGACCUCGGCGUGGUAUAUGGACGGUAACUACCUGGUGAUUCUCGUAUCUGUCACCGUCAUUCUGCCCCUAGCACUAAUGAGGCAGCUUGGCUACCUGGGCUACUCCAGUGGUUUCUCUCUCAGCUGCAUGGUGUUCUUCUUGAUCGCAGUCAUCUACAAGAAGUUCCAAGUUCCCUGCCCACUGGCACACCACUUGGCCAACGACACAGGGAACUUCAGCCACAUGGUGCUAGCGGAGGAGGAGGAGGCACAGCUACAGGGCGAGGCCGAGGCUGCUGCAGCCUUCUGCACCCCAAGCUAUUUCACUCUCAACUCACAGACAGCGUACACUAUUCCCAUCAUGGCCUUCGCCUUCGUCUGCCACCCCGAGGUGCUGCCCAUAUAUACAGAACUCAAGGACCCCUCCAAGAAGAAGAUGCAACACAUCUCCAACCUGUCCAUUGCUGUCAUGUAUGUCAUGUACUUCCUGGCUGCUCUCUUCGGCUACCUCACCUUCUAUGAUGGAGUGGAGUCAGAGCUGCUGCAUACCUACAGCAAGGUGGACCCAUUUGACGUGCUGAUCUUGUGUGUGCGGGUGGCCGUGCUGAUUGCCGUCACUCUUACAGUUCCAAUUGUUCUGUUCCCGGUACGGCGCGCCAUCCAGCAGAUGUUGUUUCAGAGCCAGGAGUUCAGCUGGUUGCGGCACGUGCUCAUCGCCACUGGCCUGCUUACUUGCAUCAACCUGCUGGUUAUCUUCGCCCCCAACAUCUUGGGCAUCUUCGGGAUCAUUGGCGCCACCUCUGCUCCGUGCCUCAUCUUCAUCUUCCCUGCCAUCUUCUACUUCCGGAUCAUGCCCACUGAGAAGGAGCCUGCAAGAUCCACCCCUAAAAUUCUGGCCCUUUGUUUUGCUGCGGUUGGCUUCUUGCUGAUGACCAUGAGUUUGAGUUUUAUCAUCAUUGACUGGGUCUCUGGGACCACCCAACAUGGAGGAAACCAUUAGGAUGACCCCCUCUGACC